AUGGAAAUCUCAAACAUUACACAUUUGACUUCAUUCAUCCUAAUUGGAUUUCCUAGUACUAUGAUACUUCAGAACUUGAUAUUUGCCAUAUUACUGUUGAUAUACCUGGCUACGCUAGCUGGCAACAUUCUUAUGAUUGUUAUCAUAAUUUCUGAUUGCUAUCUUCAUACACCAAUGUACAUUCUUUUGGUUAAUUUGUCAGUCAUGGAGGUAUGUGGGAUAUCUGCUGUGACACCAAAACUGCUGUCUAUUUUAAUAGGAGAUGAGAUAACUAUUUCUUAUUCUGGAUGCCACAUACAAACUUUGUUCUAUUUUACCAUCAUUACUGCUGUUUUUCUAAUGUUAGCUGUCAUGUCUUUUGAUCGCUAUGUGGCCAUAUGUCACCCUCUCAGAUAUUCCACCAUAAUAAGACAUGCUGUUUGCAUGCAACUAGUGGGAAUUUGUUUGACCUUAUCUUUUGUAUGUAUUUUGUUUCCUGUUACACUGAUAUCCACCCUGACAUACUGUAGACGUAUCCUCAACCAUUUCUUUUGUCACAUUGGAGCCAUGGUAGAACUACUCUGUGAAGAUGUCGGUUUUAUUAAACUUUACAUACUUAUCUUCUCUACUUUUAUCUUAGUAAUACCUUUAAUAAUAACCACACUAUCCUAUGUGUUUAUUGUACACACUGUUGUGAGGAUGCCAUCAGAUAAAGGUUGUAUGAAAACCUUUUCUACAUGUGCUUCUCAUCUCACUAUGGUGUCCAUAGUCUAUGGCUGCGCCAUAUUCAUACAGAUCAGACCAUCCAGAUACUAUUCGAUGGAAACUGACAAGUUUGUAAACCUUGUAAGCACUGUGCUGUCUCCUUUAUUGAAUCCUUUUAUUUAUACUUUAAGAAAUCAGAAGGUUAAAGAUUCAAUAAGGAACGCACUAUGGAAAGAAAAAACUACCAUAAGGCUACCUUCCAGCAGUCCGCAUUUGGCAAUACUAAAUUUUUUUUUUAUAAUUUCCAAACGGGGGGCAAGUUAUUUUUUGCUUAUUUGGCUAAGUUAG